AAUUGCAUUUAAUCGUUUUAGAACCUCGUUCAAUUCAACUAGUUUGUUGGCGAACGACACAUGUCUAUUGCCGAUUAAAUUUCAGUUGUAGUUUGAUGUUCUAACUAAUGUUCUGAUGGUUAUUAUAGAUAAAUAUUAUUUUCCUCUCUAUAUAAUUUGUUUUAGUUAUUACUUGUUAAUAUUUAUUCGUUGCAGUCGUCAGCUUUUGAAUCUACUUUGUAAUUUACAAUAUUCUUCACUACCUCGCGUAUCUAACUACAUCAAACAUAUCUUUGCCAAAAUACGAAAUACGAAAUAUAAGCAGUUAGAAACCACACAACAAUUAUCAUCCUAAAGUGGCAGUGAAGCAUUUACAAUGCGUGAGAUAAAUAUUGAUCAGACCUAUAAAGUCAGCAAUACAUUCAGACACCACCACUGUUUUGAAAAUAAUUGUUUAGUAAACAAUCACGAAUCUGAUAACAAGGAAGCGACUAAAUCAUCCGAACUCACCGAAACCGAGAUUCAAAAGCAGCUCGCAUCCAGGUUAGCACCUCAACCAUAUCAGUUGAUCGGCGAAGAAGUUUCUUACAGACUUGACAAAAAAGUCGCACAGUGGCCAAUAGAAUACGUCCUUAUAUGGUUCAAUCUAAUCGGGGGUAGCGAUUAUAUCAAAAAUUUAUUGGAAAAUCGAGUUGACGGUGAUCUAUUAUUGCGAAUAACUGAAGAUGAAUUGAGAGACGAUAUUGGAAUACACAACGGUAUAAUGAAUAAAAGAAUUAUGAGGGAACUAAACAAUUUAAAACAGUCAGCUGAUUACAGUAGUAUUGACUCAACAGGCUUAAACUCGGUCCUAAAAUCAAUUAACUCGGAAUAUUCUGUGUACACGUAUCCUAUGUUGAACGCUGGAGUCAACGUAGAUUCAAUAAGGUUUUUAACGGAUGAUCAACUCAAAAAUGUUUGCGGAAUUUCAAACGGUAUUCAUCGAAGUUGUAUAAAAGACUCAAUACAAAAUAUGUCGGGAUACACAGAGAACGUAGAUAAACCUUUCGAUGCAUUUAUUAGUUACAGACGAUCUACUAGUUAUGUGCUGGCUAGUUUGCUUAAAGUAUACUUGGAAAUUCGAGGUUACAAAGUGUUCAUCGAUAUGAAACGAUCAAAUGAUGCCAAACAUCGGCAUGACGUAUUACAAACCGUAAAACAGUCAAAAAACUUUAUUAUUGCGUUGACGAAAGAUUCAUUAGUCAAACAUUCGAAGGUUUCAUUAGACGGAGAUAUCGAAUCUUUAGAUAUGAUUAGUGAGGAAGUCGCGACCGCGAAACAAAGUCAGUGCAAUAUAAUACCAGUAUUGGACAAUUUCUCGUGGUCUUCGCCUGUACCAGACGGCUUGAAGAACUUGAAUAUGUACAACUCGAUAAGUUGGGUGCACGAUUAUCAGGACGCGUGUAUAAACAAGUUGGUGAAGUUUAUGAUCAAAUGAUAGUAACUCAAAUUAGUCAAAUUGUUUACUUUUUAAUGUAUAUUUUAAAUUUUUUAUUUUGCAUUUUGAAUAAAAUUAUUUUAAAUAAGUAUUAAUUACCUAUUUAUUUUGUAUUUAAAACAAUGUUUUUUUUUUUUGUUGAAGUACGUUUUUAUUUGAGUAUUUGAUGUAUUUUACUGUUCUUAAUUGUAGUUGAUUAUAUUAUCAUGUUAACAUUAUUAAUUAAUAACUAUUGUCUAUACGACUAUAUAAGUACAAUAAAAUCGAGUGACUGA